UAAUAAUCGUCUGAUUGUUAAUGGCUUAUAUAUUCAUCAAAAGAUAGAUAGUGAAAUUAUCAUUGAAAAAGGAUGGCUCAGCAAGUUAAGAUAAAAUGUUGAAAUUCAGAUUAAAUGUAAUCAGAAGGAUCAUAGAAAUAGAAACAAACCAGUUAUUAACACAUGGAAACAACAUUCUCCAAUUUUAGAUCAUUUAACGAAUACUUGUCAUUUUUAUUCUCAAAAAAAAAGAAAAAAGAAGUUCAUUUUGAUUGGUUAACUACUCUAUCCAGUUAUAUAGUGAUUUUUUGAAAUAUAGAUACAUUUGAUCAUUACAAGCUGAUAUAAGUAGUUUUGUUUUAAACAUUCAUUCAUCAAUUAAAGUUUCUUUCUGAAUAACUAAGUAAUUCAUGUUAUAUAAGUGUUUAUAGUGUUAGUACAGGAUAAAUAUGAUCAGAAUUAAAAAUACAGACUAUAGACUAUAGUAAUACAAAGUUUAUUCUAUUGGACAAAUGUAAACUAAUUCUCUAUAUUCAAAUACAUUUUUUUCAUACAAAGAAAGGAUGCACAAGAUGAUAGAAAAUAUGUUGAUUGUUUUCAAUGUAACAAUGAGAAUUUUCAUUUUACAUUUAUGUUAUGUAGGUACUGAAAUAUGGAAUGAGGAGCUACUUUUAAAAGAAAACUUCAUAAAUGGAUCACCAAACCUAUGUCAAAAUGGUAGACAUCAAUCACCGAUUAAUAUUAUGACCAAAAAUCUUGUUUAUGAUCAUUCACUAUCUGCAAUGGAGAUAGAAGGAUUAGAAAAGCAACUUGAACUAAUCGUUGAAAAUUGUGGAUACGAUAUACGUAUAAGUUUAACUAAUGAAUUUGUACAAUUAAAUGGUGGUCCAUCCUCAUAUGCUUAUCGAAUUUCUUUUAUGCAAAUUAAAUUUGGAUCAGCAUCAACUCAAGGAUCAGAGCAUACAAUAGAUGGUAAAGCAUUUCCAGGUGAAUUGCAGAUUUAUUCAUUCAACAAUGAAUUAUACAAUAAUUUAUCUGAGGCAUUUUAUCGUCCGAAUGGUAUACUUGCUAUCAGCGUUUUCUUUAAAAUUGGAAAUGCAACGAAUAAGGACCUUUUAGGAGUUGUAGCUGCAGCCGAACAAACAAUAUUUAAAGGUGAAACAUUCCAGCUAAAAGGUCUUGAACUGCGCUCAUUACUAACAUCAACACAUGAGUUUAUGACAUAUGAAGGAUCAUUGCCAUUUCCUCCAUGCCAUGAAACAGUUACCUGGAUCAUAUUGAAUCACCCUAUAAUGAUUACUGAAACUGAAUUAAAAACUCUUCGGAGAUUACGAGUUGCCGAUACAUUAUGGUCAGGAUCGAUGGCUGACAAUUUUCGACCAACUCAAGCUAUUAAUAACCGUUCAGUUCGGACGAAUAUCAAUUUUCGUAGUUCGAAUGAAGCGUGUGAUGUGCGUAAACAAAUUUCAUAUAUUGAUAUAUAGGUAGACCAAAACGCACUGUUCCAUAAACCUUAGCAUUUAACUCUUGAUUCUACGUUGUCUGAAGAAUGGUAGAUGAGCAAUUUGAGUCAAAAAACAUCCCAAAAUGAUAAUAAACUGUGUUUUUGAAGUUACUUCAACGGCACUAUAGCAAACAAAUUGGCUGGCGAGUCAGAGUUCAGUUAGCACAUAGAUCUAAUGUUUUAAUUUCAAAUUAACUGAAUUUUCGCCCAAAGACCUGUGGAAUUGUCACGCUUUUUGCAUUCAUUACUUAUGUUUGUAUUUCUAGACAGUCUAGGACCUUAUCAUAUUUUAUAUCGUCCACUUUGACUGAAGUACUGUUACUGUUUUCCUGCAUUAUCGCUGACAAAUUAUCUAUCCAUACUGUUUUCAGCACCAAUCUUAUAAUGAUUUCCCGGAACACAUGUUUAUGAACUACAGCCAGGUAAACAUGAGAUAGUGCUAGAUUAGUAUUUAUAAACAGGUAAAGAAUCUCACUCAAAAUAUUCAUCUUAUUUUUUAACAUUUUUGUAUUCCACAUGUCUCUUGGAAAUCAAUAAAAGUAUGUAGGGAAGAAAUGUAUUUGAAAAAUCAUUUGAUGUAUGGAAUACGCACAUUUUCUUAUCUAAGAGUUAUAAAACAAAUGUGUUUUGUUAUGAAAAACCAAGUUUUAUUCUACACAACUAGAAUACAUGAAUACAAGAUACUUUCAAGUAAAAAUAGCAACAUCUAACUACGGUGGUCAGUAAACUAGUUAGAUUAUUUUUAUUAUCACUUACCAACAAGUCACAUUAAAAUGUUUCGCUGGAAUAACAAUUUAAAAAACAAAUAAAUCAAGCAUAAACUGUCACAUUUUCAGAACCUAUGUCUCAACAAGGUUAGUUUAUUUUGCUGGUGAAAUUAUUCUAACUGAAAGAGCUCCUCUCCCUCACAUCUUUCUCCCUGCAGUUUCCAGCAUUCAAACUUGGCAGAAUAACCACUGUAAACCAGUGUGACCUGCAAUCAUGGGGUCCAUAAAUUGUACCAUCCCUCAGGUCCCUGAAUAGAAUCCAAAAUUUUAUGUGUGGGUCUCACCCAAGAAACCUCUAUUAAAUCUUAACGGUCAAAAUAUCUUUAACUGAUUAAUAAAACUGUAAAAUCCGGCGACAAUGGUCAGAAAUAUUUAUAAACUGAAAAUUGCUGAAAACUUCAUUCGACGGCUUGUGUUAAUGAAUAAAUUAUUGUGGCAUUUAAUUAGAGAUAGAUUAUAAAUCCACUGCAGAUAAUGCUAGCUAAAAUUUUAUCGAAGUUUGAUCUCAGCUAACUCAACGAAUUGUUGUACCACCACUACUAGCUGUAGUCAUUACAACAUGGAUUAAAAAGAUCACUGUUGUGUAGUUGUGUCGAAAUUACUAUUAGAACUAUAAACAAGAAUUCACAUAAUAUUGAACGAAUGUAAGAUAGAUUAAAACACCAUUUACGACUCCAAAUUAAUAAC